AUGUCCUUCUGUGAUAGGUGCGGGUCGCUGUACAAGGUGGAGGAGGCGUCCGGGGCGGCGGCGGCGAUUGCGGUGGAAGGGCUGGUGGCGCGAUGCACGGGGUGCAACCGGUGCGAGAACGUGCGAGCCGCGUUUGACAAGGGCAUCAGGGAGAGCUUCAGCACCAGCGACACGUUCCUGUUCAAGUACGGCAUCGAACCCAUGAACCCCGACGGCAGCAAGUUCGGCGCCGUCAAGGACGUGACGAGGGAGAGGGCGGUGGUGGAUGAGAAGUGCCCCAAGUGCUCGCACAAGGGGCUCAACUUCUACACCAUGCAGCUGCGAUCGGUCGAUGAGGGUCAGACGGUGUUCUACGAGUGUCCCAAGUGCGGGCACACGUUCUCGCAGAACAACUAG